AUCCCUUUAUUUUAAUUUUCAAGCUAUUUCGGUUUCCUCUCAAUACUCUCUAUCUCAAUCUCAACAAUGGCUACGUCUUGCGACGUGAAAGAAACGCUAGGCGACCUUAACAGAGAUACGUUUGUGCCACUCCUUUCGAAGCUCAUUGGGGAGUCAAAGUACGUCCAAAACAACCCACCUGAACUGAUCCCAGAGGAGGAUCGUAUAGUGAAGCAUGUACUCGAUUCUCUCCUCCCUUAUAGCACCACCACCGGUGGCGGCCCUCUUAUCAUCAACCACGUUACAUAUUUUCCCGGUAGAGGAAACCUCGUCAUCGAGUACCCUGGAACCGAACCAGGGAAGAUUUUGUCCUUCGUGGGUUGUCACAUGGACGUGGUCACUGCCAAUCCCAACGACUGGGAAUUUGAUCCUUUCUCAUUAGGCAUUUGUGGGGAUGAACUCCGUGGGCGUGGUACUACUGAUUGUUUAGGACAUGUUGCACUUGUAACUGAGCUGAUGAAGAAGCUUGGGGAAACAAAGCCGAAAUUGAAGUCAACUGUAGUUGUAGUACUAAUAGCAAAUGAAGAGAAUUCUUCCAUCACAGGGGUUGGUGUGGAUGCUCUAGUGAAAGAUGGCCUACUCAAUAAGCUGAAAGAUGGUCCUCUGUUUUGGAUUGACACAGCAGAUAAACAACCUUGCAUUGGUACUGGUGGUAUGCUACCUUGGAAGCUUCAUGUGACCGGGAAGCUUUUUCACAGUGGUUUAGCACACAAGGCUAUAAACCCCUUGGAAUUAGCCAUGGAUGCUCUGAAAGAAAUCCAAACACGGUUUUAUAGGGAUUUCCCUCCCCAUGCUAAAGAGCAGGUUUAUGGGUUCGCAACACCUUCAACCAUGAAACCAACACAAUGGAGUUAUCCUGGAGGUGGAAUCAAUCAAAUUCCAGCUGAGUGUACAGUUGCAGGAGACGUUAGGUUAACUCCCUUUUACAAUGUUAAGGAUGUAAUGGAUAAACUACAAGAAUAUGUGGACGACUUGAAUGAAAAUAUAGAAAAACUGGAGUGCAGGGGUCCAGUUUCAAAGUAUGUCCUAGCAGAUGAAAACCUUAGGGGAAGCCUUGCUAUAAGUUUUGACGAGGCAAUGUCUGGAGUUGCUUGUGAUCUCAACUCUCGUGGAUUUCAUGUGCUUUGUAAAGCAACUGAAGACAUAGUUGGGCAUGUAAAGCCUUACUCUAUUACUGGAAGUCUACCACUAAUUCGAGAGCUGCAGGAAGAAGGCUUUGAUGUUCAAACCGCUGGCUAUGGCUUAAUGAAAACAUACCAUGCCAAAAAUGAGUACUGCCUGUUUUCUGAUAUGUCCCAAGGCUACCGUGUAUUCGCCAGCAUUAUCGCUCAAUUGGAAGAUUAAUACUGCCAAAUAAUGGGAACUUCCUGAAAUCCUCCCUUUGGAGAUAAACUACGCUAAAUAAUGAUAUAAACUCUGAUGAUGUAAAAGGUUUGUGUUUUGUAGUGGAAAUUUACUCAUGUUUUAAUCCUCA